AUGCGGUUCGCAUACGCCGUUCAGGUGUUUGCAUGCUACAUCUCGCUCAUCCACUGGGUAGCUUGUCUCUGGGCUGGACCGAUGAUUGGUCUCAACGAUGUCGAAGACGACCAGCUAGCAUAUAACGAAGCUCUUUAUUCAGCUGUGUUGCUGCUACUGAAUAUCUCGGCAGUCACAGUCGAACCCAAGUGGCAGUUUCUGAGCGCUGUCCUUGGCGUCGUCGGCUUUUUAUUCCAAUGCCUAACGCUCGCGAGCAUCACGGCUGGAGUGAUCGGGUCGAGUUCACGCGCUCUGCAAUAUCAAGAAAAGGUUCGGAUGGUCAUGAGUGAUCUCAAGGCGCUGCACGUACCUGGCGAGCUGCGUAAGGCCACCAAGAACUACUACGAGACCCUCUGGCGAAUGAAAAACACCUCUGACCGGUAUGAGAAAGCCAUUUACGAGGAUGAAGACCUGUCGCCCGCGUUGCGCGCUGAGAUCGCGCUCUACAUCCACAGAAACCUCAUCGCCACAGUGCCGCUGUUUCAGGGUUGUUCGGAUUCCUGCCUCGCCGCGUGUGUCAUGAGGCUCAAGACGCAACUUUGCAUGCGUGGCGACGUGGUUUUCCACAAAGGCGACCCGGCCAACUCGAUGGUCAUCAUCAGUCGAGGCAAAGUCAAAGUUAUCUCGCCGGAUAACGAGGGGCUCCUGGCGGUGCUCAAGGCCGGAAGCUUCUUCGGAGAAAUCGGGUUGCUGCGGCAUAUGACGCGCUCCUGCACCGUGAUCGCAGGCACCUUCUGCGAGCUCAAAUCUUUGGAUAGAAACGAUGCCGAAGAAAUCUUCGAGGCGUAUCCCCAUAUUCAUGAUCGGCUUUUCGCCGAAGCAGAGAAGCGCCGUCUGGAUACCCGACUCAAAGAGCGUCUAUACAACGUCAAAGUCCUCGACAACGCACACGCUGUCGAUGUCAGCAGUAUCCCUUUCCGACUUGUUCGAGGUAACUCGUUCCAAACGGAAGACGGCAUCGCUGUCAACAGCGAGCUGGACACGAUGAACAUCAACCUUGAUGAAAUCUUGCGCUUGGUAGAAACGCUCAAAGCCACACAAGGCCGUUUGUCUCGCGUUCAGGAGCGGCGGCAAUCUAUUCACAUGGCACUGAAUUCUCCAACACCCAUCAACAGUAUCAACUCGGUGCUAUUCACGCAAGCACCUGCUCGACCUGACUCACGAGCAAGCACACGCAACCGAGAAUCACUUCAUAGUGUCAACCGCAGUGGAAAUCGGAGCGGGAACUCCUAG